GCAAGUUCUGGAACUUCUGCCAAAAUAAAUUGCUGGAAAUAUAUUUUUUCAAAGAAAAUUGGAGAUGUUUCGGUGAAUAUACAGAAGACAAAAUGUGACUCACCUUUGAAAUGAAUGUAUGACUAGUAGAUAUUGUAUACAGCAAACCUAUUUUUGCUGUAGAAACCAGUCCCUUGACUCGAAAUCCGCAAUGUUUUGACUUUUACUUGAACGUGUGGAAACCGGAAACGGAUAUGAAAAUAGCGCAUGCGCUCUCUGUCAUCUUUGCACAUGCAACAAAAUUUUAAUUUUUUACCGCUUAUUUGAUAAAUCUGAAGUUAUAAAAGCAAUAUAAGAAUAUCUAACGAAUGCUGUUCAUAAAAAACAAAUCUUAGGAUACUAAAAACAUUAAUUAGGAAAGUUAUCAUGGGGAACGUUCACGCAGCAGAAGGAGUCCCUGCCCCGCCAUUGGGAUCAGUUCCUGCUCCGACUCCCCCAGGCCAGCAAGCAGGCCAAUCUACACAAGCACCUCCACCCCCUCAACCCUCAGAACCAGAAUCAGAUCAUCCAGGAACCUUUGAAGAUCUUCAUCAAAGAUGUAAAGGUGUGUUCCCAAUGCCAUUUGAAGGUGCCAAAUUACUAAUCAAUAAGGGAUUAAGUAACCAUUUCCAGAUCAGCCACACACUAACCAUGAGUUCUAUCAUGCCUUCAGGCUAUAGAUUUGGAGCCACUUAUGUUGGCUCAACACAGUACGGCCCUAUGGAGGCGUUCCCUGUUGUCAUAGGAGACAUUGACCCAAGUGGCAACCUGAAUGCAAAUAUCAUCCACCAGUUCUCUUCCAACACACGAACAAAACUAGUAUCUCAGAUCCAAGGUGGCAAAUGGGCAGCGACCCAGUUCUCAGGAGAUUACAAAGGCGAAGAUUUCACAGCAUCAUUAACGCUAGGCAACAUAGAUGUGCUCAAUGAAUCAGGUGUGGUGGUCGGUCAGUAUUUACAAAACAUCACUAAAAACCUAGCAUUAGGGACAGAGAUGCUCUACCAGUAUGGCCCCAAUGUUCCUGGAGGAGAGAUGGCCAUGUUGACAUUUGCAGGCAGAUACACUACACCACAGUGGCAGAUCAGUGGCAAUGUGGUGCCAGCUGCUGGAGGACUACAUACAUGCUAUUAUCAUAAAAUAAAUGACACGGCUCAAGUUGGAGUUGAACUUGAAGGAAGUUUAAGAACACAAGAAUGUACAACAUCUAUUGGGUACCAGAUUGACAUGCCUAGCGCCAAUGUAGUAUUUAGAGGUCAAUUGGACACUAAUUGGUGUAUAGGGGCAGUAUUAGAGAAAAAGUUAAUGCCCCUUCCAUUCACAUUAGCACUAAGCGGUAUGGCUAACCAUGUAAAAGGACAGUAUAGAUUUGGAAUGGGACUGAUCGUGGGAUAACAACUGCUGUAUUAGGACAAUUACCAUCUAAAGUUGAUUUAUAAUUUGACACGCAUGAAGCCAUUCAGGUUAUGGUAUUUGACCGUCGAAAUAAUCAAAAUGAAAUAUUUAGGUUCACUAAGUGUAAAAUUUUACACAGUAUGGCCUAUGUAUUUUUUCAUAAAAGAGUGGCUUUAUGAAGGUUAGUUUGCAAUGUGAUUGUGUUUACUUCGGCUCCUGUCCUGAUGUAUGGUGUUUACUUCAGCUCCUGUCCUGAUGUAUGGUGUAUGAUUUGAUUCAUGUUUAGAAGAACAUGGAAGGAUAAAAUAUAUACUGAGAAUGUACAAAACCAAAAUAUUUAUGUAAGAACCACCAUCUUUGACUAAGAAUUUCAAUCAGGAAAAUCAGGAAGAGUUCUAGAAAAUAAUCAACAUAACAUCAUAUUGCUUCAACUUUAAACCAGUCAAAAAUGAAUAAUGACGAUAUUAUUUAUUUUAUGGUUUCAUUGAUGCUUAUCUAAUAUGUGCUAAAUCAUGCUUUUGUUACUUUGGUCAUUUUGGAUGUAAAUGCAUGAUUAGAAAUCGGUUGUCUUCAGAAAAGAGAAAAAUAAUAUGUAAUACUAGUCUAGGUAUUACGUAAAUUAUAGGAAGAAAUGUGGCUAAGGGCUAAGGCAUACUAGUCAUGUUGUCAGUGGUGUAGAUUUAUAAUUUAUGGCCAUAUAUGGACAUGUGUGAAAUUUCAGUCAUGUCACUGAAGUAG